GUGUGGCAGGCUAUGCAAUUCAGCCAUCAUGGGAGAUAUUCAAUCGAGAGACUCAUCGCGCUGGACGAGUACACCCGAAAGACCUCAUGGGCUCGCGUAGUUAUCGUUUGCCUGGUGACGCCACUACCAGCCAUAAUAUUCGUUACCUCCCUAGAGACUAUACCUCUACAAGAUCCGGCUGAGGGCUGGCGCGUCAACUACGGAGUAUGGAUCCGAGCUGGAGUCAUGUCUGGCGCUGUGUCCCAUUCGGUUCUCGUCCAGCUUCAGCACUUGGUGGACGACGUGGCCAUGUCGAAGCGACAACUUGCUGCGAUUGUAGCCAUUAUGAUACUGGGGUAUGCAGGGAUGUCAAUACUCAUCGCUGACCAGGUUUUCUUCCCAAUUCCCUUCUUGAACUUCACGAUGACUGUCCCGUUCCUCCUCCUUUUUGGCUGUGCAUUUUAUUGUGUGGUUGGUGGUGAAGGUGUUCGCCAGAUCUUGCAGCAUAAAGAGCAGCUACUUCGCUUUAUCGUACUCUUUGCGUCCCAAACGCUGCUGAUGGUCAUUUAUCCGGCGUACCAAUACCAAGUGCUGUUCCAGGCUGCUGCUGACAAUGGAUAUGAACUUGUGGUGGCAAUUCUCCUCCCCGUCUUGAAAGUCAUUAUGAAGAACAUCGUUUCACUUAGUUUCUUUCGGAGACAAGACUUGAUGCCCGAAGGGGUCAUCUUCACGGUGGAUUUCUUCAACGCCUUUUACAUCGCUACGAGUAUGCAGAACGCGUCGUCUACAACGACAGUAAUCGUCAUUAUGGCAGUUGAUUUAUUCAAUACGGCAGUCGCGUUGAAUGGCCUUCAACGAGGAACAUCACGAAUAAUUGCCCUACUCCACAAAGCAGGAAUAUUGCACAGCACCGACCCUCGGCACUUCGAUUUGCUCCACUCUGCUAGUUUACUCUGUCAGAGCUCCGAGGAAUUCGAGACGCGAAACCGCUCCGGCAUCCGGCUGCGAUCGUGUCUCCCUUACCGACUAUCG